AUGAAACGUCCUCGUAGCGAUGCUGCCGUGUUUCCUUUGGCGAAGCCCCUGGCUGGGCGCUUCGUGUUGUACGGAAACAUCUGUGUAGAUUGCACGAUGCAAGUUCCCAGUUUUCCGAAAGAAGAUUCCAGCCUACGCGCCCAAAGUUUUGCCAAGAAGACGGGUGGCAACGGUGCCAACAGCUGCAUCGUUUUGGCGCAGUUGGUGAGAUCCAAAGGCACCAGACAUUGCGUGACUUUGUUGAGCAUCAUCCCAGAUCGGAAACAUUCCGAUGCCAUGUUCGCCAUCACCACCCUGGAGCGUCAUGGCGUGGACACCUCGCGGCUCCAGGAUGCCAGCCGUGACGUCACGGACGUUGGGCUGCCAACGAGCUUCGUGCUGCUCAGCGAGGACACGGGGGCGAGGACCAUCGUGUCCUCCAGGUGUGGCUUAAAGGAGAUGGAUGCAACUCAUUUCCAAGAAGCAUUGGCACAUUCCAAGGAUCUUUGCUGGUGCCAUUUGGAAUUUCGCCAGCCCGGUAUCCCGCAGAUGCUGCGUGCAUUGGCGGCGCUUCCGGCCACGCUUGGGAUCACAGCACCGGUGGCGUCGAUGGAAGUGGAGAAACCCAGCGUGGAGGUGCAGCAAGUGCUGCCGCUGUUGCACCUUUGCGACGUUGUCUUCUUUUCCAGCGACUUCAUCCGCGCCCGCGCUGCAGAUCUCCAGGUGGCACUUGGUAAUUGCGGAGACGACUGGCAGAACCAUGGGGCCCUGCGGUGCCUGCGGGCCAUGGCGACACAGGCGAGUGCCACGCGUGCUCUCCUCAUUUGCCCUUGGGGUUCCCUGGGAGCCUUUGCUCUCGACACAUCCUCCAGCGACGCCUUUUUCCAAGCGGCGGAAAAGGUGGAAGCAGUCGACUCCCUGGGAGCAGGUGAUACCUUCAUUGCUGCCAGCAUUUUUGCAUUGGCUUUCGGUGCCGGUCCCCAGGAUGCCCUGCGCUGCGCCUGCACGGUGGCUGGCCGCAAGGUGGCGCAACGCGGCCUGGAAAACUUGGCGCAGCUGUUGCCUGAGAUGCCGUGGCCGCACAAUGGCGGAGAUGCUCCAUGAGAUGACUGGUA